CGCAGGGCUGGCAGUGGGGGAAGAACGGUUUGCGCCGCGAAAAGGCACGCGGCAUCAGUUGGGUUGGCAGGCAACCGUCCCGCAGCAUCGGCGUGGCACAGUUCUCGAGGUCGGCCGUGUUCCUCGAGUGUGAACCAGAGCUCGGUCGUCCGUUCAGACGUCGUCUUUCGGUCGCUUACGAAAGGCCGCAGUGGGUGGGGAGAGUGAAGGACGUGCGUGUGACAGGGAUGGAAAGGGGGAGCCUGGAAAGAUAGUGAUCACGAGUUGCAGGGGUGACGAAGAAUCACGAAAGAGAGGGCUUUGGGCAGUGAUGUGUUGUGCGGCAACAACGUCGUGGCAGGCAACAGCAGGGACGACAACGUCGCUACGACGGCCACAGCAGGAUCGUCACCAGUGGAGCCGGCGACAGUGGCGGUCCGUUGUCCCCGCACCGGGGGUGUAGCUCCAGCGUCGCGACACCUACCGCAGCCGUUGUGAAUGUGUCCCUACCGUAAGUCCACCGACCACGGACUACUACUUCUACACGUGACCAGCGAGAAAAGGUCGACGACAUCGGGCUGUCGACGGCUUCGCUGGUGUCCCCGUCAACCGACGACCAGUCGGUGUUGUGAUCAUCCCUCCCGGCUGUGCUUCGCCGCUAGAGGCCCACCGGGGGGUUGAGUGGGAAGGUUUGAAAGACGAGACGUCGUUCCCCGUCAUAGGGUGUUUCUUUCUUAAUCGAGAGAUCUAAUCCUUCACGGCUCACGCAGAAUCUGCCGAUAAAGCAGCCGGGGCACCAUCGUAUUUCGGAUCUGUGCAUGUCCAUGCAGUUCGGUCCAUCGGCCGGCGUGGUCUCAUCGGCGAGCAUGCUCCCUUCGUUCGGCUUCACCCAGGAGCAAGUGGCCUGCGUAUGCGAGGUGCUGCAGCAGUCGGGCAACAUCGAGCGGCUGGGCCGCUUCCUGUGGUCGCUGCCCGCCUGCGAGCACCUGCAGAAGAACGAGAGCGUGCUGAAGGCCAAGGCCCUGGUGGCCUUCCACAGGGGCAACUUCAAGGAACUGUACCGAAUCCUGGAAUCCCAUCACUUCUCCGCUGCCUCGCACCCCAAGCUGCAGGCACUCUGGCUCAAGGCGCACUACAUCGAGGCCGAGCGGCUACGGGGUCGGCCGCUGGGCGCAGUUGGGAAGUAUCGGAUUCGCAGGAAGUUCCCUCUGCCCCGCACCAUAUGGGACGGCGAGGAGACCAGCUACUGCUUCAAGGAGAAGUCUCGCAACAUCCUGCGAGAGUGGUACGCCCACAACCCGUACCCGUCGCCCAGGGAGAAGCGGGAGCUCGCCGAGGCCACGGGACUGACGACGACGCAAGUGAGCAACUGGUUCAAGAACCGCAGGCAACGGGACAGGGCCGCCGAGGCCAAAGACAGGGACCCGAACGACAAGCUGCCCACCAAGGGUUCGGGCAACAGCAACCACUCCAGCAAGUCGGGCUCGGACUCCGGCGGCUGCAUGAGUCCCCCGGACAGCAGCACCCUGCUCAAGUCGGACCGGCAGCACGGAGGUAGCAACAAGACUUCCCCUCCUCCCCCUUCGUCCAUUCUCUCUUCCGGUGGUGUGCCGCACCACCUGCACCUGGGUGGACUUCCGGGCAGCCCCGUGACGCCCACCACAGAACUGUCACUGCACCAUCCACACAGCAUGAACGGACUGUUCGGCUCGGACCUGAAAAGCCCGUCGUCGACUGGCGCCCCGGUACUGGCACCAUCGGUGCAUCCGACGUCUACCCUGACGGCAGCAGCCGCUGCUGCGGCGGCCGCGGCGGCUUCCGGAGGCGGCGACCCCAGUUCCGUACUCCCGGGGACCGGGGCGAGCGGGUUCCGGCUUGGACACCCGCUGGUGUCGGCCGCGGCACUGAGCGACCUCAGCCUGGGUCUGACGCCAGACUACCAGGCCUUAUGACAAUCAGUCGCGGGGACCGCCGCCGGAGAAUCGGCGUGGUCCCCGCUCUGUCUGCUGCCCCCCGAGCCGCACCUCAUGGCGGCGCAGUCCAGGGGAGCCGCCGCCGCCGCAGCGGCGGCCAGGACCGAGUCCAUGUUCUGCACGUAAGACCAGGACCGGAAGCCUCCCAUUCAGUCCUCUGUCGAGAACAGUGAGCAGCUCCUUCGGCACAAGUACAGCUUACCCCAUACCUCCUGGAUGACGUGGAGGUCGAAAUGCACAAUGACCGCGCCCGAGUUUCUGGCCACAGCGCAAUCGGGACGAUGACGCGGGCCAUACGAUGCAGAGAGGAUUACCUGCGGGGCACAUCUCUGGAACCGUACGGACAUGCCACUCUUAGAGAGAAUGUUCGGGAUACACAGCGACGUCCAGGAUGGGAAGCACUUCACCGAAAGUGAUUGUGCGCGGUUUUGUGCGGUGAAAGAUACGACACUACGUCCCAAGUUCCAAUGGAGGUGUAAUUUAUUUGCGCUGGACUCUGCUGCGUGAUAUUGAAUUGAGAAAUGGGAAUGACAGGCACGAGAUCUAUCACAGGACUGCGCAAGAAAGAACAAAGGCAAGUUGGAGUGUUCAGUCAACGGCAUUUCCAAUACCAGUAAGCAAGAACACCGGGGCCGGUACUUAUUUCGUUUCCAACGCAAAUAUACGAACCUACGUAACUCGCACAACGAACUGCCUCUGACUUGACCCCUUUCCGGGGAAUGAUCUGUCCAUUAUAUUCAAAGCUAUGGAUCUGGUUCCAUUUCCUGAUAAAUGCUCUCCUGGUGAACCAACGUAAAAAGUCAGGAUAAAAAGGCUGAUGAGGAAGUAUACAAAAAGUUUACAGCAGCCUUGUCACUGCCUGUUAAGUGCAAGCAAGCACCUCCUAUGGCAUACCAGUGGUGAAUGGCUUGUCACUAUGUAUGACAGCAAAUAAAGUUACGCCAGCUUUGAAAACACCGGAUGGGCUGUACAGCCACUCCCGGCCAUGCUAGUCGUUCAAGUGUCGAGCUCGGAGGCUUGGCACGGUGAUGCACUCACAAGUCGCCACGUCAUGUAGUGUAAAUUGCUAUGAAUGAAACUGUGCUUGUGCGCGACUGACAAAAAGUGCGUGUGGGAGACAAAACAGUUGCUGGCCGGAGUUCUUUGAAGCAGAACAACGUGGAAAAGCUAAUUCCAAAUCGCAACACUAUAUACAGCAUCUCUUUAGGUAGCGUCAGCAACUAUGCUGACUCUUCGGUCAUCACUCUUGUGGUUAUUCCUACCCCUCCUCCCGCCGAAUUAUUCGAGGAACUUUUAGGCGAGGGAAACUUGAGAUCUGAUUCAACACGGCUAUACAAGGUGCAGUAUCAUGGCGCCAUAAUUUUACAAGAGACGAGGCAGCCCACAUUCGAAAACGAACCAGGUCAACCAAGAACAUUCACUCCACAAGCUAGACUACUCCGACGCCAUGCUGUGGUUACCCAGAAAAGUAAACAUAGUGGUGUUGCGCAGGGACGUUUGUUGAUGUGUGCCACGAAAGAGAAGUUCAGAUAGGCUCGCUCCUCGCACCAAAGUCCAUAUGACCAGACGUCUUGAACAAGGAUCCGGAUGUUUCAUGUUUUCAAGCCAACCCGACGGGAAGACAAAAGCAGGACUACGUGGAAGAUGAAAGCGUGUUACUAUAGACGUGGACUACCAACGUGACGACGACAACCCCGAACUGUUUUCCUGAUGAUCGUUCCAGUAGAGACGCUGGACAUUCAGCGUGAUGUGUGUUUGUGCGCCAGUGCAGUGUUUGUGCGGGACAAAGGGAAAUAUGACUCUCGGUUCAGAAAAACAUUUUUUGCACGAAAAUGUGGUUAUAUAUACAAUGUGCGCACGCGACAAGCUCUUCCUACUUUGUUUUUGUGUAUAGAUUCUAGUCCUUCGCUCUCUCAGACGAGAGCUCACGUCCCGUGCAAUGACAGCACGAAUGUUUUUUUUUUCUUGCCGCUGUCCCACCUUUCAAAAAGUCCGCGCAAACAUGCACCACACUGAUCGCCUGCAGAUGCCUUUCCAUGACGUCUUAAAUAAGAUUCGCAUGCCGCGUGCCCGUAAAAGCACCUUCGCAGAGACUACUAGAGAAUCAGAGAACGAACAAACAUCACGAACUUGAGCUCCUGACACUUAGACCCCUUUGUUUCUUCAAGCUGACUGUACACCUUUUCGACGAAGGCUUCCUGGGUGCCGCAAUAAUCAUGUCUGAACUGUGCACUGCCGAAGCAGGAACGUCAGCCUCAGUACUCGCUUUAGGCACUGCGCCGUGCUCCCGACCUGGUUGCAGAAAUUAGGUGCCUUUUCUCAUCUUCUAACCACUACCACCCACUCGCUUGCCACAAUCCAGAAAGAAGGCGCUCACCGACUCUGUAAAGAAAAGCUUAACCAGUUCUUAGACCGGCUGGUUACCCAAAACUACAGACAUCGUCCACGGAAAGAAUGGCACUUUCUUUCUGAAUUGAAGAACACAAAAGGCACGCUGCUGUUGCUCCUUCGGCAGUGCGAGGGGGGGGGGAUUGUCAAUAGGACCUUAUUAUAAGUGAUCAUUCAUGAACAGUAUAGAAAGUUGAAACCAAUCACACUUUAUUAACGUGAUUACACCCUCCGCUCUUUUUUCCCAUCGUUUACCAUUUCUCCUUCUAUAGCGUGGCGUAGCAAAUGGUACAAUUCUGGUUGACCCCAUGACUUUUCCUCAUUUUUGUAAAUCCCACUCUUGCCGCACAAUUCCUAUGAUCAGGGGAAAGGUUUUACCCUUCGUUUCACGGUACCGCUGCGAUGUCAUGUGCGAGGCAUCUGCGCAGGCUGUCCAAGAAAACUGCAGUUUACACUCGACAGAGGAAGAGAUCACAGUAAUUAGAGUUGUGACCCUAAACAAUAGCUGCAGAUAUAUUACUCUCGUCCAAGGUUCAGCGUGAAAGUAGCACCAGUCGGCGCUGUCGGCAAGCGCACGAAGGAAUUAGUCUCUUUUUUUUUUCAUUGUUUCGUACGAUCACCGCAGGGUCGAGGUGGUGCUGCCAUCGCUGAAACGUAUACAAUUUUGCCUCUAGGGCUCAGUCAUUUCACAGGUAUAUUAAUACGACACUCUUCGUUGCUUGGCCAAGUUUCUCACCUCUCAUGUCUCUGUACCAUUGGUUUUCAAGAAUGUGAAGCAACAAUAAUGGAGCGAUAUGAAGUCAAACCGGAUUAUAACGAAAUCACUCGGGUUCGCUUUAAUGGUAAGCGCAUGCGCUGGCCUAGGAAAUAUAUUGUCGAGAAGAGCUCUCAUGAUAAACGUUCGACGUACAACUGGAAGUUUACACAAAUUGGUAGAUGCUUACGUAGUCUCAAUUUUUCCCGUGAACUUAAACCGAGGAGCGUGCAGUGGAAAACUGUAUGGCAUCCUAAAGUGUGGCCUCCGUGAUUAGCUCUGGCAACGGCGUUCUUCCGGGGCUAAUCACGGAGGCUAAGCGUAAAACUCGCUGUUCAGCUUUGACAAAACUUUGAUGCUAAAUCAAAUUUGCUAUAAUCUAAUUCGUACUUACCUGCUGAGAAGACAAAAGUUAUUUGUGACUCAAUUGACGCAUCCUUACAUUUCUUUUUCGCUUACGAAGGCUUGGAGUCAUUUGCGGCUGUGCAAACAAAAUUUCGCCAACACUCCCGUCCAGCCGAGCGGACGAAUUGUAUCAGCGUUCGUGACAUGAAUGGACUGAGAUAAUGGGACAGGAAAAUAUUUUUUUUUUCUUCGAAAAUCUCGUGUACAGAAGAAACAGCUCCGAAUGUUGGUGAAUGUGGUGGUACGUUCAGGGUUCGCGUUGACACUUCUUGAGCUUUUUUUUUUUUUUCAAUUUUACUUUUGAGGUAUACCGACUUGUAAAAGUGACGACACCAAAACGCUUCUUUCUGUUCGACUUAGAGUUUCUGCGCCUGUUCUUGUUCAUUGAAUUCCUGCCUCUCUUUCAUUGUUACUAAAGGAAUCCAGAUUUGAGAUUGCGACGUAAGGUAAUAUGCCGAGGCGUAACGUCUUUCUGUUAUGAAAUAUUGUGUUCGUCUUUUUUUUUUUUUGCUGACUCCCGUGAAUACUGUGUGCCCUACACACCGUAGGCUCCUCUUAAUUUUUAACCACGAAAUAGGAAAUCUACACAGCCGCAUCAUUUUAAACGGAGAAGGAUGUUCAUUAAGUGCUAGCUAUUUUCGUUGUCGAAUCCCUCGUACCAGCCAGAACGCAAUCGUUGGUCGGAGCAUAUUAGUUGACCUCUGUGUUCGAAGAUGGCCCUACCAACGCUUUAGUGCGCAAGUCUGCGUCACUGGCGUUCCGUCUGUGCCGCUAACGGCGACACUGUUACAAACAUGGCAAAUCUCUCUGGAACCUCGGCUUCUCGAAGCGAAGAUGCAGCGAUAGAUUACGUUCCUCUCGACACGUACACAAAAACAACCUUUGGGUACCGUUGCCUAGUAGCAAAUACAUCUACUGAUGAGAGAAGAUCCCUGUGACACUACAUUUACGUCGUUAAGUCACCAUCGAAGUCUUCACUCGGACAGUAAGAAUUGGAGUUUCUCUUGAUUUCAUGACAUUUUUCCUCGCUCUAUCCAUUCAGCUUUUCUGUUACGGCGUCUUUCUGCCGAAGAAAGAGCAGAUAUGGAUUGAAAAAGAUACCCUGUAGGUUUAUUCGGGCCUGUUUGGAGUUUGUCUUCGGGUAUUCCUUUGAUCAGCGAACUGCUGAAAGUGCAACAUGAAGCUCUGACGUUGCAGCAAAUGUGUGACGGUAAACUAUCAAUUCUUUCUUUAGAAAGUUAGAAGGCCAGCGAUAAGGUAUAGGGGGCGCAUCGGCCAUACUGUGUGGGUCAGUGACGAAUAGAGUAUGCGACGAGUCGUGCACGUGCGUCCAAUAUAAAUAGAUUUACGAGAGUUAUAUAUGGAGUUUUGCGUGUGUGCCAGCACGUCUCUGUCAAAAAACAGUGUACAUGCUUCUUCUUCCAUAUUCUUUUUUUUUUUCGUCUUGUAAAUAGGGAAAUGAUAGUAUAAAUAAAUGGAUGGGUGAAAACGA